AUGACAACUCUUCGGACCGAUGACUUGGACCAAAUUCUACAGGACCAAUUUACAAAUGAAUUUCGUAUUGGAUACACCAAAGUGCGCGGUUUUUGUUUACCAACGAGAUACGAAGUUUUUGCAGACGUAAUUGAAAACUUCGAAGUCAAGAAUGACGAUAUUUGGGUUUGCAGUUUUCCAAAGACUGGAACAACAUGGACUCAGGAAAUGAUCUGGAACGUCGCAAAUAAUUUAGACUUUGAAGGAGCCAAAGUUCACUUAUCCGAAAGGUUCCCCUUUUUUGAGUACUCCGUACUUUUUGAUUAUUUGCCUUACACAAAAAUUCAUCCGGAAGUGCAGUUACCUCUGUCAACUGUGGAUAGCGUGGAGUAUACGAAAAAUAAAGCUUCUCCAAGAUUCAUCAAAACUCAUUUACCUUUUGAUUUACUUCCACGCCAGAUUCGGACAGGCGAGAAAAAGCCGAAGAUUAUUUACGUGGCGAGAAAUCCAAAAGAUACCUGCAUCUCUUAUUUUCAUCAUUGUCAAAUAAUAGAAGUGAGUUAUACUUCAUAUUGGGACCAUGUUCUCGACUUCUGGAAGAAGCAGACCACACUCAAUAUGUUAUUAUUGAAAUACGAAUAUAUGAUAGCUGACUUGCCUGGUGCGAUAAGGAAGUCAGCUGCGUUCCUUGAUAGAACUCUGACUGACGCUCAAGUAAAAGUAUUGGAGGAACAUUUGAAGUUUGCCAGUAUGAAGAAAAAUCCAGCUGUGAAUCAGGAGGAUGUGGUUCGAAGGAACAAGGAGCGGAAUAAAAUCACCGUUGAAGGUUCGUUUAUCCGAAGUGGUAAAGUCGGUGAGUGGAAGGAGAGAUUGCCCGACAACGUGAUCCAAGAAUUUGACAGAUUAACAAAAGAAAGAUUUUCUCCGUACCAUCUCAAUUUCUGA